UCCGCGCCCGUUGUAAUACUAAGAUCAUACUUUCAGGGAUCAUUUCUAUAGUUUUUGACUUGAGAAAUAUCGUACGAAAGUGAUCGGUUACUCUAACCACGAUGAAGAGUAUUGAUGUUCCCUUCUGAGCGCGAAGCGGGCAGCGAGUAAUGAUUAAUUUCAUCCGCUUGUUGUCAUUGAUGACCGUUCCUUGCUCCCUAGUGGAGCCUGGAGGUAGGGAACAUGAUCAGAGUGGUUAGAUGUAGAAACUGUUCAAGAUAAGACGACAUAGUCAAUGAUAGAUCCAUAGUGAUGGGAUCGUCUAAGGCAAGUCCUGAAAUUACCUUCGUAUCCAAUAUUUUUCGUGAUGUAUUUGUCCUUAUAUGCCUACUACUAUUGUUAUUUCUCAUAACAUAGUUAUAUUUAUGAUAUACUUGAGGUACACGUCUAAUAAAUUUAUAUUUUCCAGUACUGCCUAUGGUUCGACCAUAACCGUCGUUGUUUGUUAAACUUUCCACAAUGGUAGGGCAGUGGUCGAUCACUCACUGCAGUGAAUGAUCACUCGGGACUCCGAGGCCAAUCAGGGGCUUCACUUGCACUAUAAAUAUGGCAUGCCUUGUAGCCAGAGGGGUUUGAGUCCCGGCCGGCCCCGUUCCAGCGGAAACGCAUACAUGACAGCAGGCAGAUGGCUGAAUAAAGCCGCCCACCCUGUGUGUCCAGGCCGUAGUCCGCUAGGGGAGGAUGAACUGGCUGUUUUCCUCGGGUAAAGGCUCCGGAGCUAUGCCUGCGCUCAGCGGGCUGCAGCAGCAGAGACAGCGGCAAAUCGAGUCGCUCCGAACGGCUCACUCAAGUCUGACGGAGAUCCAGAAGGAUGUGGAGUACAGGAUCCCCUUCACUGUCAACAACUCCACUAUCAGCGUCAACAUUUUGCUGCCCCCCCAGUUCCCCCAGGAGAAGCCGGUGGUCAGCGUCUACCCGCCGGUGGGACACCACCUAGUGGACAGCAACAACGGUACCAUGGUCACAAGCCCCCUCCUCACCAACUUCGGGAUGCACUCUGACCUGGGGAAGGUGGUCCAGAGUCUCCUGGACGAGUUCUGGAAGAGUCCUCCAGCCCUGAUGACCGACGGCAACGGCAGCUUCCCCUACAACAUGUACAAGCCAGCCGCCAUGGCCCCCUACCCCACCCCGUCCUUCCACUACGGGCCCCGGCCCCUGGCCCCGCCACCCCCCGCGGCAACGCCUCACCAUGGGGGAGAGGCGGCCCGCGGGCCCCCGGGGGCCCCGGCCCCCUACGGCCUGAUAACGGACCUCCCGCUGGCCGUACCCACCGGAGACUCACAGGCUGGGGUGAACGGACACAUGUACAAGAUGCCCGACAUCCCAGAGAUCUUCCCUGAACUCUCUGACUUAAGUGUGUCCCAGCUGAAGCAGCUGUCGGAGGAGGAGGACGUCUUGCUGAGUUUCUUCGUCACGCUGCCGCAGCUCAAACUGGUCUCCAGCGACAAGGAGGAUCUGGUCUCCAGCAUCGUGGCGGUGGCCAAGAAAAACCUCCAGAUGGAGCCACAGCUGGAGGGGAAGAGACAAGAAAUGCUGUACAAGUACGACCAGCUCACCCAGAUGAAGAUGGCCUUUGAGACCAAGUUGCAGCGUCAGCACGAGCUCAGUGAGAGCUGCAGUGUGAGCGCCCUGCAGGCCCGGGUCAAGGUGUCGGCCCACCAGGCGGAGGAGGAGUCCGAGGAGACGGCUGACCACUUCCUGGAGGGGCGCAGCGACAUCGACGACUUCCUGUCCAGCUUCAUGGAGAAGAGGACCCUGUGCCACAGCAGGAGGGCUAAAGAGGAGAAGCUGCAACAGUCCAUCAACACGCACGGACCGUUCCCUACCAGCAUCUAACACACCAGGUCAGCUGGCGGAGGAAGAGGAGGUGGAGGAGAGGAAGAACACUACAACAGCAAGCCCCCACCCCCCAAAGAGGGGGGGAGAGAGAGAGAGAGAGAGGUGGUGAAAGAGGGAGGGAGAUGAUAAGGGUGAGGGAAGAGAGCGAGAAGGCGAGGGGGGGGAGAGAAUGGUUAAGGAGAGAGAGGCAAUGAAAAGGAGAGGAAGAGAGUCCACUUCUUGGUUGUCCCUGUAAACGCCAGUUCUGUGACCUUUUGACCUGUAGAACCAGAGCUUCUAGUGAGUGAGGAGGGCUUCAGCUAGGAGGCACCUCCUCUCUUCUCCCCUUGGUCCCCCAGAGGAGACAAACAGGAGACUCACAACGAGGCUGUCCUUACAAGCUCCUUCACUGCCUGACCUCGGGGUCACGACCCAACCCCCCCCCCCCCCCCCCCCCACAGCUCUCCCCCACCUCCCUGUUAGCGGCCUGCGGCGGGGUACUGUGUUCACCCCAGGGGUCGGCGUGGGGUCACGGAGCACGGUGAUGAAGGUGAUUUUCUGAAAUGAUUUGAGAGGAACAGUUUUGAUGGAGUACUGCACAACGCGCCAACGGGACAGUCCUGAUACUGUAUUCAAGUGUUGAUAAUUAUAGACUUUAUUGUGACCAAGGACACGGACAACCUUGUAUCAUAUACACUUAUUUAAACGUUGGGGUAAUAAAACAUUUAGAAUAACGUGCUGUGUUAGUCAUUUGUCCCCCCCCCCCCCAGCCUAGUCAGAGACAUCCCCCCCUCCUGCGAUGUGAACCCACAGGCUUGUAGGAACCGUAUCACAGGAACUGAUUAAUUACCAAUUACAAUUAACACAGACUUUCACUUCAAUUGAACCGGUUGAACCACCAGCAGUUCAGCCCACCAGUCAAAGCCCUGAGUCCACAAAACUAAAAACUAGGUGGAAAUACGGGAAAAACAAAUAGCACUAAGGAGGAGGGUAGGAUAAGUGUCUUUAGUUCACAUGUUUUUCACAGGUCGUCGUGGGUAGCUAGCUACAGUAAUUCACCACUUGGUUAAUCCGAGUAAAAUGGCUGUAUUCGCCCUAGUCAGUUAUUUUUCUUGUGCUGUGUAGCUUUCUGUUGACCACGUCAUUCACAAGGUUUGGUACUUUUCGCAAAUGACACAUUGGUGACAGGAAGCAAAAGUUUUUUUUCUUCAAAGUGGAAAAGAAAACUGGUUUAGUUUAAGACAGCUUUUUUUAAUCUCAGCCUCUCUACUUCAUAAACUACAGAAACAUCCCAUUCACUUUGUUUCAUGAUUUCCAACCUCACAACAUUUGAGAAAUUAACAAAGGCAGCUUAAAAUACAUCUUUUACAUGUAGUAAUAAUAAUAAUAAUACAGGUCCAAACCCAACAAUUCUGAUAGGUCCGGGUUGUUCUGGUGCAGAGGACGUUGUCCCAGACCAGGACCUGCAUUCCUGCGGUCCAGCUGGUACAACACGUGGCAGCCACGCCACCACCAUGUCUCUUAGCAACCGUAGCAUGGCGUUAGCCUCCAGGCUACAGACCUCAGGUCAGAUUAUCCUCGCUCCCUGUGUGUGCGCCGCUAGUCCACGUCCACGUCAAGCUUCGCUUGCGUCUUUGUAAUAAAUAAUAAAACCUCCCAUGUAAAAAAUAAAAUAAAAAAUAUUUUAAAAA